CAUCAGUCGAAGACAAUGGAAGCUGUUAUAAUCACGAAGACUCUAGGAUCUCACAAAAUCAUGCUAAAUAUGUUAGUUAUGGGAGAACCAUCGUCAGUAUCAUCCCACUUGGUCAUAGCGUGCAACGGGCAAGGGCCCGUGGUUUCUGCAGAGCCAACUUCCUUGGACUUCGGCGAGGUGAAAGUUCUCGAAGAAAAAACGAUGGAAUUCCAGCUUAUCAACGAUUCGCCUAUUCCUACUCAGUUUAUCGCGACAUUGAAAAGCGAAGAUUCACUGUGGAGCGUCAGUCCAGAGUCUGGUGAUCUCGAACCGCAUGAAUCGAUGAUCAUUACUGUUAAACUAUACCUCGUGGACCCUGGGAAAUACAAAGAUAAAAUUAUGCUGCGUGUAAUUAACAGCAGAACCAUCCCUGUAGAGGUCAAAGGAACUGGAUAUGGUUGCAGUGUCGUUUUCGAGCCACAGAUAUUUCCAAUUUUCGACUGGGGCCUGCUUUUCAGCCAUCAGCAAAUAGAUCGAACAAUAACUCUGACGAACAAGGGGACUCAUGACUAUCAAAUGAUCUGGAUAACCGAACCAGAAGUACGAUUUCGACGAGGUCAAAUGCAAAUGUCGCACACCACGAAGUUUCAACUACAUCCUUCGAUCGUCAAUAUUCCACCGGGGGAAACGAGACAUGUCUAUUGCAAGUUGUUCUGGAAAGCAAACGAGUGCGUGGUAGAAAAAUGGAACGUUUUCGGUCAAUUUCACGGUAUAGGGAAACGUGAAUUGAUCGGCACGUCGUCUUUCACGGUUACGUUGACAGAACCACAGAUUCUAUUUAGUAAAAGGAGGCUAACGUUUCGGGUGGACGUGUGCCCCGAGGAAGACAAAUUACAGCAAACAGACGAAUUAUUGGUGACCAAUCAAUCGAAGCUGGACCUUAACGUUCAGCUCUCGGUGAAAGAACCAUUUCAUUUGAUAACCUCUACCGAAGAACACGUGCAAAGUAUGCAGAUUGUCCUGAUCGACGGAGGUACGACGAAAAUUCGCGUUUUCUUUUCCUUCAAUGGCGAUACCGAGGAUCGUUACUCGAAAAAUUAUUCCGGCGUACUUCGACUGGAAUAUCAGGAGCAUCCCAAUCAGGAUAAAAUCACGUGUAAGGGUUACGUGAAUUUUCCAAACCUCGACAUACAGCCUAGUGAUUUUGUAAUUAACUGCGAGCUGGGCACAAGCGCCGAGGAAAUAUUAACGUUAACCAAUAACGGACCAGUAUCGGUUGUAUAUAAAUUCCUGUGGCUCGCAGAUUCCAUCGAUAUACAACGCGAUUCGGACGUCGUGCCGGAGUGUUCUGGAUGUUCAUCGCGCAAAGCAAAAUUAGAGGCGGAUACAGCCGAGAUGCAAGAGGUCGAGGUAGCGGACGAGAUACACGAAGACAUUUACACGAGUGACAAGCAAGACGGAGUCGGAGACGGGCCAUUAGACACGAUACCGCCACCUACGAAUUCGCCCAUUUCAGAGAACCAGAGCUCGGAAGUUCCUCUUACGGAGAAAAUUUCUGAAAUAGACGAUUGUUUGGUAUCUGCAGAGGAAAUAAGAAACUUCCUAAUGCCGAUUGUUGGAUCAUAUUUUAAAACAGACGAAGAUCUGGUUGUGUUAGAGAGCAUGCGGACCGAUCCUCCGAGGAAUGACUAUAUCAACGAAGUUCUGAAGAUCGUUCCAAACGAGGGCACGGUGCUUCCGUAUUCUGUGCAACGAGUACACGUAGGAUUUCACGGUUUCGAACGGCUUCGAAUAAAAGCCAUCAUCGUGUGUGAAAUUUUCCGUGGACCCACCGAGCGGAUUCAUCUACUCGCUCGCGCAGACGCUAUUCGAUACGCGAUUGACACGAAUGUUAUCGAUUUUGGUCAACAGAUUGGUCACUUGAUGCCCGUCACGAUCGAAGUGAUCGCUUAUGGUGCUUUUCCACAAGUUUACCUGUGCAUUCCUCGAGGAAAAAUGCAUCAAUAUCAUUCCAUCGAGCUAGAAUACUCUGCUAUCCAAUCGUUGACCGAGGAUUUCAUAGUUAACAAAAUAGGGAACAUCGUUGCCAAGAAGAUUAACGAUUUACUCGAAACGGACAUGGAGAUGUUAGCCGAUAUGAAACACGUGAUCGUCGAACGUACUGUUCACUACUCGGCCAAUGUAAUUAAUUACGGCCCAUGGAACGUGGAAAUGAGAAUGAAAAUGGAGAACAAGAAAGACCACCCAGAAAGAUCUGGCAUCAUAGUACACUUCAGAAAGCAUUCCAAGCUGUUGGUCGGCGAUUCUGCUAUUCUUCAAGUGACCUGGCACCCUACACGAGAAAGAUUUUCAGAGAAAAGCACAGAAGUGAAACAUAUGAUUUACAUAGAGGUAUUAUAUGGAUGCACGAUUCCUGUCACUAUAAAGGGAAUAGUAACUUAUCCGUACGUCACCGUCAAUACUAAGUUUCUGGACUUCCAGGAUGUUGUUGUUGGAGAAUGUUUGGUUCUCCACAUUUUGAUCAAGAACGACGGAUUAGUCGAUUGCGAGUGGGAGGCGAGGCUAUCGGACGUUCAUCGUAAGAAGCAACACGACGAUUAUCCAUUUUACGUGGAAUAUGAUACAAAUUACUGUCCACCUGGUCAUUUCGAAAUUGUCCGGUGCUAUAUAGAGACGAGGUUAAAGAUUAUCGUAAAAAUGAGCCCUGAAACGCAGAUAGUCGCUAUAACUGGUCGUGGAAUCGAAAAAAGAUUGAACAUAAUCGAACCGACUAUUCAAUUUCUGCCCACUAUUCCGUAUACGAAUAUUCAAGAAGUAGUUUUUACGAUCGAGAAUACUUGCAAUUAUCCUGUGGAGUUCUUCUGGCAUCAUUUGGACGAAUAUCGCUUUCUCGAUAAACGACGUUGGUCCAGUGUUUUCCAGAUGGAGGAUCAUAUAACGAAAGCUCUGUUGUAUUACUACAAAGCGAAGGAAAUACUGCUGCCACCCAGAAAGCCUGGUGAAUCGAUACCCUGGCAAUUAACGAAAUUUUACAGAGACAUAAUCAACGAGAUGGCCCAGGCGUUAAUUAUGGAGAAGUUAAACGAAGAAGAACUAUUCGAGGAAGAAGUUCAGCUUGAGAGAAGGAGUCACGAAGGAGACACGGGGAAGAAGAGAGAGAGGAUGACCAGGUCGAGCGUAUUGAAGAGGAAAACGAGAAAACGCGGAAGAUCUAUUCAGCAAUCUACGGCGAGGAAAAGCAGCGUUCGUGAAUCUAGUCGUCGCGGGAGAAGAAACGAAGUUGUCAGUGACUUGUCUAGCACGGAUUCGGGUAGAAAAGACUGUCCGGACUUUUCAAUUUUGAACGAAACUCUACUGGAAUCCAUUCCUCUACCCACGAGAGAUCCCGAAGAAAUCCAACACAUGCUUUUCUGUUACAUAGACAGCCUUUAUAAGAGUUCAGAUUUCCAAAGUAGAAUGAAAGACCCGGUGAAGGAACUUUUCGAGAAUAUCCAGCGAAAAUCCGACGUGUCGAACAAUCUUCCGGAUCCCUCGAAGCCUGAGAAAAAAGUCUGCGUUAUUUUCCAUGGAGCUCCUUUCACCGAGUAUCAAGAGGUUGCGUGCCGGAGCGCCAGAGUCUUAGAAAUUCCAGUUCUUAGCAUCGAUAAGGCGAUCACGGAAGUUACUGCGCUUUCCGGAAGUCCGUGCUCGAUUCAACUUCGACAGAUCAUCGACGAUGCUUAUGAGACUUACUCGGAGGCUUUUGUGAAACAAAAACAGCGUUUGAUCAGCCAAGACGCUGGUGAAAGCAACGAGGUCGGAUCAGAAUCAACUAGAAGAACAAGAACUUCGAGUAAAAGGAGAAGUUCGCCGAAGGAGAAAUCGUCCAGGACAGGAGGAUCGUCUAAAACCCCGAAGAAAUUGAAAACGUCGAAAUCUGCUAAAAUACAAAGUUCAGACGCGCAGAGAGAAACGAUCCUUCGACUUUAUGCAGAUCCUGAUCCGCUGGUAGAGCUGGAUAAAAUUCCAACCAACGAGAAACUGGAAAUGUUGGAUGCUUUGAGUAGAUACGAAUAUAAGAUACAAGCUAUUUUGUUACUGCAGAAAAUAGUUGAUCACCGUGAUAUCAAUGACUCGCCCAGAGACAGAGGUGAUAGAAGUCUACGGAAAAAGAAGGAUUCGUUUCUUGGGAUUACUUCCGAAUUAAUAGCUGAAGCUCUUGAAGAAAGAUUAUCCAUGGAGGAUUUCAAGCGAGGUUUCGUUGUACAGAGCUUGGAGUGCAAUUUCCUGCGAAAUAACACGCUCGAAGCUUUGCUUUCCUUGUUACGAAUCGUCGGCAAUAUCGAGUAUCUUCUAUUCGUUACUUUUCUUAAUUCGAUGGCUUGCUACGACACAAGGGUUGAGCAAUUUCAAAAGGAAAUAGAAUUGCCAACGGCACAGGAAACCGAGCUUUUCAUCUUUGCAGCGAUGAAAGCGACCGAUCCCAAUCAGAAGAUCCAGGACAUCGACGAGAUGUCGUCGUCCGAAUACGAUCAACUUCCCGACGAGGAUAAGAAGAUGUAUCUGGACGCGAUUCUACCUCUUAAAAGGGCGGAAGCAUCGCGUAGGCGAGCUCGAUUCAUCGAAAGAAUGAUGGAACGUACAAAGAAAAAGGAGGAUCGUAGCUACGUUUCAAGCUUGAAGACAACCAAGAAGAAGCGGAACGCAAAGUCGACGAGACACGCGACAGCAGCCAGUAACUCGAGGCCAGCUUCCAGUAAACGAGGGACAAGCAAAGCAACGAGAAGUAGAGACAGCUCGAAACGAAGGAAAGAAUCUGUAUCGAGCGAGGUGAAAGAAAUUACAGCCAUUAUGGAUCGAUAUUACAAGGAUCUCUCGUCGAUCGAGGCUGUGAUUCGUAAUUGGGAUCCCAUAAAAAAGACGAUAGAAACAGCUUCUACGACGAAGUCUAAAGCAUCAAGAAGCGCUAGAUCCAAAGAUGUAUCUCCUUUAGAUACAGUCCAAGAGGUGCCUGCAAACAAUUUUCACAUAUGGUACGUAAGAUCCAGCGAUCCUUGGCAAGACACAAUGUACGAUCUAGUUGUCGCUCAAAUGAACGAGAACCUAUUGGCAAAAUCUGCUCUCCCCGUCGAGAUUAUACCAGUACCAGAUCUUCGACCCAAACUUUAUUCCGUCCUCAGGUGGAAAAGCGUAGAAAAACGAGCUAAAAGAAUUCUCGGCGACGUCUAUCGAUUGGUUUCCUUGACAUCGAUGCCGGAAAUCUUCUCCGUGAACGAGUCAAACGCAGUGAGCGAGGUGAGCGUGCAAGAGAAUUACAGUAUCGCUAAAAGAAAUCGUAGAAGACGUGGACGUAAAACGAGCAAAACGGAGGAACAAAAAUCAUUGAACAGAGCGGAAAAUCGUUCUGUGAACGCAUCGACGAUUGGAAGCAAAGACACGAACAACGCGUCAUUUCUGGAAACGAUUCGGGAAGAGUCCUUGAAGCCACGAUGGAUUUUACUGCCGAGCGAAAGCCAGAGGUUCAAGAUCCGCUUCCAACCGGAAGAGUCGGGUCACUAUGAGGAGACGUAUGCGUUGACUCUGUUGGAUGGAAAUUACGUCACCUACGAAGUGAAUGUUACCGGUGUAGCCGAUAUACCGAGGCUGGACAUGAAUCCUAAAACGAUUUUUGCGAAGACUGCAGAUGCUAAAUUGAACGAGACAGAGAGUUCUACGUACUUUUACGACAAAGAGUUGUACGAUUUUGGAUCUCAGCUGGUUCUCCGUAAAGACAGAAGGCCGCAUCGUCGAGAGGCUCGGCUGAAGUUUUGCAACAUUUCCGAGGUGGAGGUGGAGGUUCGCGUCUCACUGACGGAAAACGAUUCCCAGUGCUUCUUCGUUCAGCCCCAGCAGCUCCUUAUCGCUCGAGGCAACUGCGCGACUCUGAUCUUGUCGGCCAUCGCUACCAGACUAGGAAUUAUCACGGGAAAGUUGUUCUUGUGCGUGACGAACAAUCCGAAAGUCGAAGUGAUCGAGUUGCAAAGCAAAGGUACCGUGUUGGACAUCGAACUGGAUGAGAAAGAGUUGUCCUUCGGUCGUAUACUGCUCUAUCGAAUAGAAUAUCGAACACUGACUAUCAGAAAUAAAACUCCGGUUCCUUUCUUUUGGUAUUUGGAAGCCGAAGAGCCUGCUGAUCCACAGAUAACGUUCACGCCUUUUCAUGGAGUGAUAGAGACUCGCAGCGAGCAAAAGAUUGAGUUUUGUUAUCACGCUACCACGGUCGGUGUGGUCCGCAAGAAGGCGAUAAUCUUCAAGGCAUUUCUAGACGAGGACGACAACGAUCCCAUUUUCUACGAUGUCGUAUUAAUAUCUGGAGAAACUUACGACGUCGCAGUGGACAUCAACUACGCGAAUCCUAUCGAUUUGAAAUACAUAAGGGUGAACUUCGCCGCGAAGACGACUUUCUCCAUGAGAAAUCGCGGUGACUACGAGGUGAAAUACGCAAUUACCUUAGAAGACAAAGAGAAAUUGGCGAAAUUAAACUUACCUGAUAAUUUCAAGAAGAAGCUGGAAAUCGAGCCAACCACUGGAACUGUUUCACCAAAUCAGGAGAAAACUGUAGAAAUGAUAUUCAAACCGAAGACCGAGCUGACGCUUAAGGAAGCCCCGAUAUUAAAAUGUCAUUUGGUUGACACUCAUAAAGAAACUACUAUAAUCGCCGAGAUUCCUCUCAACGUUUCUCUUGUUGCAUAUUAUACUAGGUUUCGUAUCAAUCCAUAUCCUGUGGUAAACUUUGGAGCGUUGGCCAUGUGCACCGAGAAAACCAUGUACCUCAAUAUCGAGAACAUCGGAAAAUUUCCGUUACACUAUUCUAUUCGACUAUUGCACAAACAUCCUUCUGUCAUGUACAUGACCAAAGCGUUGCCAAAAGAAUUUCCCAAGAAGACGAGCCUGGCGGAGAGAAGAACCACGUCGAAGAAAGGGAAGAAAUCUGCCAGAAGCGUCAAGACCGAGACCAAAAUCCAUUCGGAGCCAGAGAGGUUGACAAUAGGGUCAAUUACGAUAAUGAAAACAGAGGGCACCGUAGACGUUGAUCAAGCGGACAGCAUCGCCAUCAGCUGUUACCCAGAAUUCGUGGGUUCCCAAGAGGAACAGAUUAUUAUUGUGGUGGACAAUAGCAUUCCCGAGGACAGAGAAGGGAAAAUAGUCACGUUAUCCAUGAACUCGUUCAUGCCCACUAUCGAUUUCCAGGACCUCGACUCGACGUUUCAAGAAAAUCGCGUGGUUGAUAGAAUUCAAGACUUCGACUGUCCCAAAGAUAUCGGGGCGCACACUGUGUUUGCUCGUCAAGAGAAAUCUCUCUACUUCCGGUAUAUCAACGUACUGAGCACUCACGUAACUUGUUUCAAAUUGUAUAACCGUGGCGUAGUUGCUGCGAACGUAGAAAUUCGCUUGAUGGAAGAAUCUUUGAUGCCAAAUACAGCAAAACCUAACACGUUUAUCGUAGAACCGACGAACGACCAGAUUCCUCCAAUGAGUCACAAAGUGUUCACAGUGUCUUUUACCCCGCACAUCAUAGAGACGUUUCAAGAAACGUUUCGAGCAGCCGUGGUUUUGCCUUCGCAUCUCGAAGCAGACCAGCUAUUCAUCAAACUGAUAGGAGAAUCUUGCGUGCCGGAAGUGGCGAUUACAGAGCCAGUGCAUGGAGCACGAGAAAGACCUACUUUGAACUUUCCUCGUACAUUGAUCGACGAGAGCAGUUACAGAUAUCUCGCUUUGGAAAACAUCGGAUUCAUUAAGGCGAAAGUCAUCGUGAAGAUCGACGAGGAUUUGAAUAACGUGUUCCUCUUUUCCGCUUGCUCGGAUACGCAGCAUUUACUGCAAAUUUGGGAGGAUUACUGCGAUGAGCCACGCGAUCGAUGUAUCGUAGUUCGUCUGGCACCCGGAAAUGUAGCUCGCUUCAAAGUAAUCUUCGCUCCGACUGAAAUCGGGAAACAUCAUGGAAAAAUUCGUUUGCACGUGAUCGAUAAUCCGUACGAGAAUAUGUCGACUAAUUUGGAAGGCGAGUGUUACGUGGAGCCGAUCGUUCUGGACGGCUUACAAUUCGAGGAGAAUAAACGUAAAGUCGUGACCGAAAAUCACAAGGUCCGGAGAGUUUUGUCCAAGCAGAAUUCAUUGGUUUCAGCUUCGAGCAUCUCGAUGCACUCUGCGUCUCUGACCUACAUUCUCGACUACGGACUUUGUUUCGUUAGCAAAAUGUACAAAAAGACAUUCAAGAUUGCCAAUAAAUCUACAGAUCGAUGGUUUCGUUUCCAAUGGAGUGCACAUCCGCACGUUGUGUUCGAGCCAUCUAUUGGACAUAUCAAGUAUCUCACGUGCAAAGAAAUCGUUGCUACUUUCCUGGCACCUGAACCUGCGAAUUACGAGAACAUUCGUAUCGAGUGUUUGAUAUGCGAAAUUCUGGUAGAAUAUUCGCAACACCAGUUAGUAGGUUGGGACGAUAGACAGACGGAGGUGCGUUGGGAGCGGAUACAUCAUGAUCUGAUGGAUCGAUUAAGCGACGUAAACUUGUUACUGAAGAAAAUCGUGGAACCAACCAUCGAGGCAAAGCACGAAAUUUUGGCUGGGACGAACAGAUCGAUCGAUCUCCUAUUAAACGCCAUUGUUGCAUUUUCGGAAUGUUUGUGCACUGUUCAAGAAAUUUGUUUCAACGAUACGCUGAUGUUUCAGACCAGGGAGUACAAAUUCUUCCUAUCGAAUCCAGGGAUCGUAGAUACGGUGUUCGCCUGGAAGAUAAACAUGGACGAACAGUAUCCGAAGAGGUACAUAGGAGACAGUUCGAACGUGACUUCCAGACCGAGAACCGCGGAGGAAACCCGCUCCCAGCAUUCGAGAUCAUCUAGGGGAAUCUUCUCCGCAACAAGUGAACUCGGUCGCAGAAAUUUCGGCCAGGAUGAAUCGAGCGCGGGGGUCAACACGAAUAUUUUGUCACGACGAUGCAUGUCAUUCGUUUCCGAUAGCGUCGAUAUGAAAGAUGCUUCAACGAUGAAACAAUCGGAUCUGUUCAGCAGUACCGCGGGAUUAUCGGGAAGAACCACCGACAGUUGGUUAGAAGGCGAUGAUCUGCCUUUCGUAAUUUAUCCCGAGACAGGAACGAUAUCACCCGGACAAUCUGUGGAAUGUACAUUAAAAUUUUCACCCAAGGAUGUAUUUUAUUACAAGGCAUACCUUACGUGCAACAUAGAAAAUCACGAAUCGAAGCAAGCGGAUCUGAUAAUUCCCGUCGUAGCAAGAAGUUUGCUGCCUUAUUGUCACUUCGACGUACAGGAUAGCGACUACGUAACCAGUGGAAGACGAGAUCCAUCGCUACCUGGUCCCUUGGGAUAUGAAAUAGACGAUCCCACUUUGUGGCAGAACAUCAGGGUAAUCGAAUUUAAAGUGGUUGGCGUGGCCGGAACUCAUGUGAAAAAAUUCCACCUGAUCAACCCCACUGUAGACGAUUAUUAUUUCUCAUGGACGAAUCGAUCGCCUCUUGGACCAGGCGAGAUAUCGAAUUUUCAUUGCGCGGUGACCGAGGGUAUUGCCGAACGUGGAAAACGUACCGACCUGGCUUUCACAUUUUUGGCAGAGAACGUCGGCGUCUUUGAAUCAUUCUGGCUCUUUUCCAUCGAUAGAUACAAUCUGGAGUGCCUUUUCCUGCUUGUCGGCAUCGUAACCGAACCGUCGGUGUACUGCCUCACGAUUCACGUGAAACUCAAGCCAACGAUCUUAGGAUUCAACGUGAGAGAUUCGUUGAAAAUAUUGAACAACGAGGAUUUUCAUAUACCGUUUAGCGUGUUAGAGGAAUCGCUUUAUUCCGAGGGUAAAUUUCAAAAGCUUAGCGUAACGCCGAUGACUGGAACUCUGAUCUCGAAGAGCGAGCAACAUUUCUGGGUCGAGUAUCAUCCAACCCAGGUCGGUGAAUUCCACUUUUCCAUUCAAUGCGCCGUGAAGCUGAUGAAAAAUCCCCUUACCAUGUUCGUGACCGCCUCCGUUUACGAUAUCGUGUCCUCGGUUUCGUAUUGCAAGCUCAACGGCGAAAUCGUGCGAGCUUCCGAGAGUAAGGAGAACGUCAUCGACCUGGGCAAGAUAAUGCCCGAAGUACCGAUUAAUCUCAAGUUCGACAUAACGAAUGCGUGUAAAGUAGCGUUCUAUUACGCUUGGGAGCUCGGUAUGACGCCGGAAAUUUCCUGCAGAAACGCGUAUAGCGUGACCACGUCUCAGAAGCAAGGCCAUGUGACCAGCGAGGAUCGAUCCGCCUGUUAUUUGACCCUAACAACGUAUCAAAAAGUUACAAUAAAGGAUCAUUGUGUUUUUCUAAAGAUAUCCAAUGGUCCCACUUACAAAUUCACGUUGAAAGCUACGUCCAGAAGACCUGCCAUCGAAUUCAGCUUCAAUCGCUACGAUUUCGGACCUUGCUACAUUCAGCAACACAAUGCAAUCUCCUAUUACGCGGAGCUUCGUGUAACAAACUCCGAUGAUGUAGCUUUUAUAAUCGAAUGUAAAUUCGAAGAACAACCACACCUCUCCAUCGACCUAAAUUCGAUAUCAGAAGCGCUGGCUGCACGCUCUACGAUCACCAUACCGAUCGUUUUUCGACCAUUGAAGGAGAUUAAGUACCACGAAUGUUUGGUGUUCACCAUCAACUCGGCAAACGAGAAGAGGAUAACGAUUAUUGGCGAGGGCAUCGGCUAUAAAGUAAAUUAUCCAUCAUGUUGCGCCGAGCAACGGCUUGUUAAAACUUUCGUUCGUUUGGUGAACCCACGCGAUCAAUCGAUAGAUCUUGGUAACGUUCCCGCUCGCAAGAGCGUCGUAAGGAAGAUUCCGGUGAUAAACGAAGGUUUGGCACCGCUUGAUCUGAGAUUCGGGAUCAUGAAGUAUCUAAAUGGCUACGACGAGUACCGCGAAAGUCAGAGAUAUUGUGACCCGUCGGAUGAUGAGAGCGAAAUGGCUCAGGCAUCCAUUAUGGAGAUCAAGCGUUCCUGGACUAUGGAUCAAAGGUUUGCAACCGGCGAACCGAAACUUUUGGACGUUCUGAAGAUCGAACCAUCGUCGAGCGUAGUUUUGAAGCCGAAUAAAAGGGUCAACGUGUUGGUCACUUUUAAAUCUCCAUCGAGGAUAAGAUCGUUCGAAACUAAAGUGGCCUUUCAAUCGUCUUCCAUGAUCCUGCCAUUGUUUUCGGUGCGUGGAAGUUGCGUAGGAGCGGAAUUUCGAUUAAAUAGGAACCAUAUCUCUUUUGGUACUGUAGUUCAGGGUUGUACAGAAGAGUCUAAGGUGAUAUUAAUGAACACCGGAGAUUUGGGCUCCAGAUUCAAGUGGAACACAUCGAAAUUGCCGAAAGAUUUCCAAAUUACUCCUAUGUCCGGUUACUGCUCGGCCGGUAUGGAUGUCAGUUUCACGGUGAAGUUUCAACCCCCUGAGCAGCGUAACUUAAUUGAGGGUGAGGUGAGUUCACGACCUCAUUUCCCGUCACGGCGUACAAAUAUGUCAAACAAUCUCUUAAUGAGAUUCUCUGCACGCGUGUCCCGCCACUCCACCACGUCCUCGACGUCGCGUCGGUUUAACUUUCGAGAUUACACGAGCUUCUCGAUACAUGUAUAUUUCCUAAUUUUUUCUUUUUACUAUUUUUCCUUACUACUUUCGAUAUCUUUUUUGCAGGCAGUAAUGGAGAUUGAGAAGUACCAAUCUUUGAGGGUUAAAAUUAGCGGAGCGUGCUGCAAACUACCUGAUCCGAUCGAAACGAUCGCGUUCGAGUGUUUGGUACGAGAAAAGCAAACUCGAUCCGCGGUUAUAACGAACGAUUCCACCCAUACCUGGAAGUUGAAGGUUGAAGUAACCGGAGAUUACUUCUCCGCCGACGAAACGUUGCAAGUUCCUUCGCAACAAUUUGCUCUUUGUGUUGUGACAUAUUCACCGCUGGUCAUGAACUCUGAAAACACUUUGCAUAUGGUAGAAAGUCAACCGGGAACGCUGAUGCUGAAAUCCCAGGACGAAAACUUAUAUUUGUUAUAUUUUCUUCGUGGCAGAAGCUUGCCACCUCGAGUUACGGAGAAGAUAAGCCGUCAAUUCCCCGCGAAAACAAGGUAUACCGAACUGUUGCCUGUUCACAACUGGUUAAAUACGCAACAGCGAUUCCAAUGUAAGAUCGAAUUGUUAACAAACGAUAACGCGCAAUCACAGAACGUAAAAAUAGAGAUGUAUCCUUCUCUCUCGACGCUCGAUGUUUAUUUUUGCUCGAUGCAGGUAACGUUCACCAACGUGGAGAAAGAAUAUCAAUUCUACGAGAUAGAGUACGAAGUAACAGAACCGGAAGUGAUCGAAUCGAUCAAGUUGGCAACCCCUGCCCGAUCCCAGAUUUGUUACCCUUUGAAACUGGAGAAUCCCCUCGAACGUGAAACGAUCAAAUUUACAGCAGAGUGUCUUCAUCCAUUUGUCACUGUUACCAAAGUGUCAAAGAUCGUGCAACCACUAUCGCACAAAUGUGGAAAAUUGCAGGAGUAUAUUACUAUAAUAUAUCAUCCAACGAUGCCAUUCAUCACCGACGAUGUCAUGUUAAAUGUUGAUUCCGACAAGCUGGGCCGAUUUCCAUACGAAUUGCGAUUGAAGGCCAGUCCCGCUCCUCCAGAGAAAACCACGCGUGUCAAUGCGGCUUUAGGAAGCAAUUACGCGUUCUCGCUUCCUGUGAAAAAUUUCACUCGCGAGAAUGCCAUAUUUUUGAUACACGUGCGUGAUAUUAUAGUAGAUAGUGAGUGUUUCGCGUGUCCGAAAAAUAUUCAAGUGAAUGAACUAAGCGAGGGUAUAAUCGACGUAAUUUACGAGCCGUACGAUGUUGAAAAUGCCACUGCCACGUUGAUAGCAUCUUCAGACACUGCCGGAGAAUUUAUCUUCCCUUUGAUCGGUUCUUGCUCCUUGCCAAAGCCUAUGGGUCCUUACGUGAUCACUCGAAGCUCUCCAGCUUUUAUAUCUUUCAAAAAUGUCUUCAGAGAAGCAAAGACCUUUGAUUUUAUCGUCGAUGUUGCCGAAAUCUUCACAGUGGGCACUGCGUCAACCACAUUAAAUUCUAAACAGGUGAUUUUUAACUAAAAUCGUCUCGAACCUUUAAUCCGAAAGCUAACAAAUUAAAAUUUUAUCUUAUCCUUUCUAUUUUCAUACCUGUUCCAAUAUUUAAAUUUUAUCUUUUUUAUUCAAAAUAAUACAUUUUACCAGAGUAUCGACGUUAAAGUGGGUAUCCGGGAAAAUGAGUUAGAAGAAGAGGACUUUAAAGAAGAAAACUAUCCCAUUACCGGAAAGCUAAUUGCGUAUUGCACUGAUCAUGCUUUUUCUCAUAUAAAUUGGGUGUAUUACUUAAGAGCAGUUUUUGAAUGAAAUACAAACGAAUGUUUCACUUUUGAGCUACCGUUUAUGCAAAUUCUAUUUUUAAGUUGACGCGAAAGAAAUAGUCGCGUGAUAUUUAAUGACGCCUUACAGUAUGACGCAAGGAUUAAGCCAUUGUAAACCGGGUCACAGUCCUAAAGGGGCUAUAAGUUCGAGAAUUAUUUACGAUUAAAUAGAUUCAAACAUUCUAAUGUUUUUAACUUCUAGAAAAAUUAGAUAUUUCACGCUUUACGUGUCUUCAUUCUUAUCUCACACUUUAAUACAAAAAUAUUAUUUUCAUGGAUGGAAUAUUCAAAAAAUAUUAAUAAAAAUAUAUGCACGUCAAAGUCGAGUACACGUCACAAUAUUUGAUAAAUGAAACAAACUGCUGUUUAGGCUCCAUAUUUUUUAGUCAUACUCAUGGAAAUAUGCGUUUGUACUAUAAAUAUCCACAGCCCAAAUUUUUCAUCAUUCACUGAAAUAGACAUCUUUAUAAAUAUUCUGUAAACAAAUUCAACGAC